GCCACUCAGCCAUAGUAACGAGAAUUUAGCUGCGGGAACUGGAGAAGAUUCAAAUGAACGCUGCUCCAUUUGUAAACAACAGUUGUCAUCCAACCAGGACUGACUUAUACGAACUGUAAUCAUACUUUUCACAAAACCUGUCUUCAGAAUUCUUUCAUCUUUAAUUCAAGAUCUGCCAGGAAACCUUAAUUUAACCUUACCAGACAUUGAUUCAUUGCCUUUGCACACCACUGGCCAAGAACGUCACAGCUUAAACGCCUUACCGCGAACUUUCGAAGCCAAUUCCAACAUGCCUCCACCAAGCAAUAAUAACAUUGAUUAUUAUAUCGUCGCAAAUAUGAUUGAGACCAGUAUUCAAUGAAUGCUUUCUAACAUAAAUUUCCGGCCAGAUGCAGGAGGGGAAACCAAUACUCCGCAGAACGAUAGCGAAGCUCGAAGAAAUUCACUACCAGGACAUCUAAGCAACAAUCUAAAUACUAGCCAUUUUUCGACCUUGAGUCCAGAAAAAAUUACUUCAAAUACAAACGGCUUAAGUGUGGAAGAAUUUUUGUAAAGAGUUCGCUCAUUAACGGCAUCCACCCUUGACAAUGAUUUUUCACUAUUUCGAAAUAACGUCCAUUCUAUUCUUAUUGGAAAAGCCAGAGAUUGGUACUGGCAAUUCCACAAACAACCACCCGAUUUCGAUUGGACCGACUUUUGUAUUGCCAUUCGCCACCGUUACAAAGAUUAUAAAUCAGAUUACGAUAUACGCGAGGAAAUUCGAAACCGAAAACAAAAGCCAGGUGAAUCAUUUGAAACGUUUUAUGAUUCUAUAACAACUAUUAUUGCUCGUUUAUCUGAGCCAAUGCAGGACUUUGGCCUUACUGAAACUAUUACACGAAACCUUCGCCCGGACGUUAGACACGAAUUGCUCUAUGUGAAUAUUCGAUCAAUUACACAUUUAAGGAAAUUAUGUCAGAUGCGUGAAAAUUUAUUAGCAGAAGAAGCUUCGAAACGACUGCACUUGUCUCGUCAAGCAUCUAAUACAGGUUACCGCCGUAAUAUCGCUGAAUUACAAGCAACAGACGGAUGUGAUAAUGACGACGAAAUAGAUACUGAAUUUCCUCGGACGAUAGAUGCUGUACGUAAAUCCGAAAUUAGAUGUUGGAAUUGCAAUGAACAAGGUCACUCUUGGCAAGAAUGCAUAGGUGAACGCACCAUAUUUUGCUAUGGAUGUGGGGAUAAAAAUGUUUAUAAACCACAGUGUACAAAAUGUAAUCCAAAUCGAUCGGAAAACCCGAGAAGGGGUCCGUUCACAAAUAUUCGAAUGGGACCCUGAAUCAAAGAAAGAUAGAAAAUAAUGAUCGAAAUAAGCAAAUUUCAAUUAAGUUUUUAGAAAAUAAUUGUAGAAUCAAACAAGGACCUAUUUUAUAUCCCACACGUCCUUUUCAUGAACGUAUGCGCGAGUAUGUAGCAAUAAAAGAGAGAAUUUUUAACGAGCAUCCUUCAUUCACAUCUUAUACAACAAAACGUAAACGCUCAACGUUACGAAUGCGUUUAUUUUGGAAGGCGAUCAAACAGCCCAAAAAGCAAUUAGUAUCUUCGAUCCUCAAUAGCAAAGUUGAAAUGCGAAAAUAAAUUUUUUGAACUUCUCACAACUCGGAUUAUUAGACACUGGAGCGAAUGUUAGCUGCAUAGGGGGAGCACUAGCUAAACAAGAUUUUUCUAAAUACACCAAAUUUUACAAAGCCAGAUCGUCAGUUAAAACAGCGGAUGGUAAACUUCAACAAGUAUUGGGGUGGAUAAAAGCUGACGUUGAAUUUAAGAAUGAAAUACACAAGAUUAAAUUUUUCAUUAUUCCGUCAAUUGCAAAUGAGCUUAUUCUUGGACUAGAUUUUUGGAAAGCUUUUAAACUUGCACCUAACGUGAUUUCUUCGGUAUAGACAAAUACUGAUC